AAACGGUUUUAAGUCUGCAAUUAAUUGCAGUUAUUCCUUGAGUAACAGAAAUAAAGCAUGUCUUCUGUCAUUUGUAUAGUGUUACAUAUUUUGUAUCCUUGUCGCUUGUGUUGUUAUUGCUCACAAGUAGGCUUGUCUGUUUAUAUGUUUCAUUGUAGAUAUACAUCUCACUGUACUAGAUAAGAACGCAAACGAUGAUACACUGAUGAUUAUAUUUCGAUCUACUUUGUUUUCCAUGUGAUGAUAAACACCAACCAUAUUUAUAUGAUUAAGAAAUCACAAACCAAACAAAUGAAUAAACAAAUAAAUGCCAUAUUGUCUGUGUACUUCAUCCCUACGCUUUAUGAUUAGAGUCAACGAUAACCUCAACUACCGUGUUUCAGUGUUCUACUAAGUGACUUCCAAUGUAGUCAAACGAAAUUAAAAAUACCAUGACAAAGAGCAUUCGAUCGAAGAAGAACACGUCAUGUCUUUGCAAGUAUAUUUGUAUCCAGUAGAACUCUGCCUAAUACUAACGUUAAAUCUCUAACUUGCCGAAACCAAAAUACCCCAUUCUUUCUGGAGAUCACAAGCAAACGCACAGAUGUUCGUUUUGCUGGAAUGGCUCUUUUCUUGUUUCGUGACAUGGACGAGCCCGAGAAAAAAAUCACUAUUACAAAUAAAAAUAAAACACCCUUAAACACGGAUUUUUUCUGUUCAGUCACCACUCGGAUCUUAUUUCUUGACAGACCGUUUGAGAUAUGUUGGUUACACGAUGCCAAUACCAAACAAUAUGUAUGUAUGUAUAUGUUCACAUAUCUUUUCUUCGAGCCAUCUAAAAGAAACGUGACACCCCCCUUUCGAUUUCAAGAGGUAUGUUGUUUACUGCGCGAGUCAGUCUGGUGAGGUACGCUUCAGGCGCUAGGCAUAGGGCGUGGGCUUAAAUAUAGCAAUUGCUUGAUCAUGACGUCACCGAACGGUCUGGUGCAAACCGGGAAGUGCUUAGUUUGAACCGAGGGAUGGUCCGGAGCAGCUUCAAACGGUGUAACAGCCCCAACUCCAAUUCCAAGGUCCACCUCUUCUUCGGAAAACCAAACUGUGGUCAUCAAGAUGCUUUUGGUGCCUGUCUUGCUGCAGAUGCUGUUUUUGUUAGGUAUUUCGGCAAAGGGAGAGGGCACGUUUGUAGACCAGUUUCCUCAGAUAGAGGCGGUUCAUUCUGACCUCAACACUACCGUUGGGGAAACAGUUGAACUCGAAUACCUGUACGGUAUACCGGUCAACUCCUCCGGUAGUGCUGUGGUCAAAACCGUCCAUAUCUUGAAGCAAGGCCGCCCUCGUGAGUUGGUGUGUGAAAUAGCGCCGAACGGCACGUACUGCGACCCUCAGUACCAGGCCAGGGCCCGCCUGGAGGAAACACCUUGGGACGACGGUACCGGGACGUCAUACAAGACAGGCUUGCUGGUCCUGACGUUAGAGAACGUGAUGGUGUCUGACACGGCGGUGUACGAGGGGGAGGUGAGGGUGCUGCUGAGAGGGUACAACCAGUCCAAAGUGUCGGUGACAGUGGCAGACGUUCCCCGGUGCCCGUACCGACCGUGUCCAGACGGAGAGUGGUUAGAGUGCCAAGCAGACAACAACAUGACCUGCACCUGUACCUGCCGCGCAGUAUACACCACGCAGUUUCACGUCGGUUCAUAUAUAGGAGGGAUUGCCACUGGUGUCGCCAUCACCCUUCUCAUAGUUCUAUUUUACAAGUACAGGAAACAGAUUUAUAGGUAUUGUUGCAACCAACACGAUCAAAAUCAGAUAUGAUGAUCACGUGUUCAUUGAGGUGCUGAUUCCUACUGAUUGUGCUAAAGAAACCAAAUCGUCUCCACUUUUCUAAUCAUAAGACUUUCCUAAUGAAAUCAAUUUUAUGUGCCCAAACGUUAACGUCUUGUUUGCUGUUCAACACGAGAUAUGUGUCUAUUCUUCCAAUUGAUGAAAAUAUGUAAAUAUUUCUGUAACAUAGAGAAGAGGGUUAAUAAAUGUGUGAA